AGGAAAAAAGAGGCUUUAUCGGCAUUUUCGCGUCACUGGGCCUCGAGAUAUGAGAACCAGCUAGAGAAAAAUUGUGCUAUUGCUGCUGGUCUCGGGAGCUUCUAUCCUGUCCUUCGACUUCUCCUCCCAAGUUCUGACUAUAGCCGGCCAGCCUAUGGUAUCGGUCAGUCUACCAUGUCAAAAAUCUGCGUGAAAGCAUUUGGUCUUGCACCCAAGGGCUUGAGCGCACGAACUCUACUGCAUUUUAACAACCCCAAACUUUCUGGGAAUAAAGAUGGCCGCGACUUAGCAGACUGCGUUUUCUCAGUCCUAGCUGAUCACUGCGAAGUUGAAAGUGACCUGACAAUCUCUCGGCUUCACGAACAACUGGAUAACGUUGCCUAUGCUUCUAAUCAGGAGGAGAAAUUGGCAAUUUUAACUCCAUUUAUUCGUUCGCUUACUGCACUGGAACUCAAGUGGUUUGUUAGGAUAGUCAGUCUGCGUGAAUUACACUUGAGCUUGAGCACCAACACCGUGCUUGCCUGCCUUCACCCGGCCGCUCCGUCGAUCUGGAAUGUCACGCAGGACCUUUGCACAGUCUGUCAGCGUAUUGCAAACAUGGACCCGACCCAAGCCGUGGAUACAAACUCCUCGCUUUCGACUAACGGUCAUAAUGUGAACCUUAAUGCUGCUUACCGCCCAAUGCUGUGUGAACGGGCCAACAGCGCUCUCGAAGUAUGCAUCGCAUAUGAGAAAAUCUUCAGUGGUAUCGCUGAUUAUUAUCUCUGUCUGGAAGCGAAAUACGAUGGCGAGCGAGUUCAAUUACACAAAUCAGGCGACAAGUAUCGCUAUUGGUCUCGCAGUGGCAGAGAGUGGAGCUCUAGCUACGGGACUGAGGGUAACGGUUCAACAGGUACGCUCACCCCACGACUUCACGCUGCGGGCUUCUCUAACGACGUAUCCGAUUGCGUUCUUGACGGAGAAAUGUUCGGUUUCGACACCUACACGGAAACUUUUGUCACCAAAGCCACUGGAUUCGACGUAAAACGACCAGAUGCCACUGAUGGGUCGAAUCUUUUUGCCAGUAAGGCUGAACUUGCUCACUCAGCCCGAAAGGCCGCUAUUGUACCCUGCUAUAUCGUUUUCGACAUACUUCAUCUCAAUGGUGAGCUUCUGACGCAUCUGCCUUUGCGACAACGCAAGGAAAUUCUCCUCUCAAUUUUCCCCACAACAGCAGUUAGUUCCGAUAUCUCGGCCAAGGUCGCAAGUUGUUAUGAAACACAGGAGGCAGAACAAGAAAUCCCACAUGACCAACUAUUUUCUCUAUUUCCUAUCGUGAAGGGUGCUCUAUACUUAGGAGGAUUCACCUUUAUGACUCCCGAUAAACGAGUGGCGAUAAAAGUAAAACUAAUGAUUGCAAUUAACUCCGUUGGCAUCAGAGGGCACCUCAACAACCUCCUAAAAAACAACCAAGAAAACUAUAUAACAUUCCUGCGACUAUCUUUAGGCAAUCAAGGAGGCAGUCAGUUGGCACAGGUUAUUCUCUUUGAUAGCAAGGACUGUUUUACUGGGUGUCUCCUCCGUAAACGCGAUGCAGGUCUUCGCUAUAGAUAUAAGAUAUUCAUAACCAAGUGCGAUGUCUACAUUCUCCUCGAUCGAAUUUCUCGACUCUUUGACGUCUGGGUAAGCAACGGAGCCGAAGGUCUAGUUGCCAAGGCGACCACCGCACCUUACGUGCCCGGGGGUCGUCUUCGUUGUGGCUGGUGGAAAUUAAAGCCGGACUACGUCCUUGGUCUAACCACAGACCUAGAUUGCCUCAUUGUGGGUGCCUACUUCGGCGUUGGCGGUGGCGGCGAUGGUGGUCCCCCUUACAACGGCUACUUUCCGCAGUUUCUCUGCGCUGUUAGUAAUGGCUUUACGCGAGAGCAGCUGACUCAACUUAACAAGCGUCUGCGUCCUCAGUGGAAGACCUAUGAUCGCCGUAAGACAAAUUCUGGUGAGACGGAGUGGUUGAGAGUGACCGCUGAACGACCAGAUGUUUGGAUUCCUCCACGCUAUUCAGUAAUUCUGCAGGUCAGUACGAACAAAAUCCAGUUGGCUUUUAGCUUUGAUGUGGCUUAA